CACAUGGUUCAACUAGUUAGAGACGAUCCUCUUGUAACAAACAGUAGCUUGGGCGAGCUUCUGAAAUCCAAGUCUCAAGAAGGGGUGAGAAUACUGCUCCUUGUAUGGGAUGAUCCUACUUCUACGACCAUAUUCGGGUAUAAAACUGAAGGGGUUAUGAAUACCGGGGAUGAUGAAACGCGCCGCUAUUUUAAGCAUUCAAGCGUGAAAGUACUAUUAUGUCCAAGAAGUGCUGGGAGAGGUAGCUGGGCCAAAAAGCAGGAAACAGAAACAAUCUAUACUCAUCACCAGAAAAGUGUGAUCGUAGAUGCUGUCGCUGGUGAUAAUAGAAGAAAGAUAAUAGCAUUUGUUGGGGGACUUGACUUAUGCAAGGGAAGAUAUGAUACUCCACAGCACCCAAUAUUUAGCACAUUGCUAAGUAUUCACAAAGAUGACUACCACAAUCCUAAUUUUGUGGGGCCUACUGUGGGGUGUCCUAGAGAGGCAUGGCAUGAUUUACAUUGCAGGUUUGAUGGUCAAGCAGCAUGUGACAUCUUGAGAAACUUUGAAGAACGAUGGUUAAAGGCCUCAAAGCGCCAUGGCCAACUAAAGCUUUCACAUGAUGAUUCCUUACUCAAGCUUAAACGAAUUCCCGAUAUCUUAGGAUUAGAAGAGUCCGCCAAAGUUACAGAAGGCGAUCCAGAGGCUUGGAACGUCCAGGUUUUCCGUUCAAUUGACUCCAACUCUGUUAGAGGAUUCCCCAAGGAUCCAAGAAAGGCCACAGAAAAUAACCUAGUAUGCGGGAAGAAUGUAUUUAUAGACAUGAGUAUACAUGCAGCCUACGUAAAGGCAAUCCGUGCUGCUCAACACUUCAUUUACAUUGAGAACCAGUACUUCCUUGGGUCGUCAUACAAUUGGGCUACUUACAAGAACUUGGGCGCAAACAAUCUAAUUCCUAUGGAAAUUGCUCUGAAGAUUGCUAAGAAGAUCCGAGCAAAGGAGAGGUUCGCUGUGUACAUUGUCAUUCCAAUGUGGCCCGAAGGAGUUCCCUCCAGCACGGCCACCCAAAGAAUUCUCUUUUGGCAGUAUAAUACAAUGCAAAUGAUGUAUGAAACAAUCUAUAAUGCUUUAGUAGAAGUGGGGCUCGAUAAAGAGCAAGAGCCUCAGGACUAUUUGAAUUUCUUUUGCCUUGGUAAUCGUGAACCCGAUUACGGUCGGAGGGAGUCAUCAAAUAUCAAAAACUCUUCUGGCAAUACUCCACAGGCCCUAGCUCGGAGAAACCGUCGUUUCAUGAUCUAUGUCCACUCAAAGGGAAUGAUAGUGGAUGACGAAUAUGUAAUAUUGGGUUCUGCCAACAUCAAUCAACGAUCGUUGGAAGGAACCAGAGAUACUGAAAUCGCAAUCGGUGCAUAUCAGCCGAAUCAUAAAUGGGCUAGCCAACAAACUCACCCGAAAGCACAGAUAUAUGGAUAUAGAAUGUCACUCUGGGCAGAGCACACGGGUACUUUGGAGCCGUGCUUUGAGAAUCCAGAGAGUUUGGAAUGUGUGAGACGCAUUAGAUGGAUGGGGCAUCUCAACUGGCAAGAGUUUGAAUCUGAGGAAAUGACCCCAUUGAGAGGUCAUCUGCUCAAGUAUCCUGUACAAGUAGAUGCAACAGGGAAGGUCGUUCCUCUCCCCGGCUGUGAGACAUUCCCUGACACGGGUGGCAAAAUAAUCGGAACAUUCGCAGGGAUUCAAGAAAAUCUCACAAUUUGAUCAUACAUUGUUUGCUAGCAAUGAAUUUUUGUUGUUGUUCUUCUUAUUCCUAACCAACAUGUCUCAUACUUAGUCAAAUUCAGGCUUGUGUACAUAUAUAUUGAUUUGUAAGAUACAGAAAUGCAUUUAUUCAUGCCUAGUGUAAGAAUUGGAUGUGCCUCA